GAGAGGAGGAUGCUGGAGAUGGCGGCGGCGGUGGGAAUGCGCGUGUAGCCCUGCACUCUGUGCCUCGUCUCGGGCCGCGCCUGAGUGAGGAGCUCCUGUGAGGAAGCGGGGCUGCCGCUCCGGGGCGGCUCGGGACUGCACCGUGCCAGGGAGCUGUCGCCUCCCGCCCAAUAAAGAAGAAUGUCCUUGUUUAAAGCUAGAGACUGGUGGUCCACCAUACUUGGAGAAAAGGAAGAAUUUGACCAAGGCUGUCUAUGUGUUGCUGAUGUUGAUAAUAGUGGCAGUGGACAAGAUAAAGUUAUUGUGGGCAGUUAUAAGGGAUAUCUCCGAAUCUUUAAUCCACAUCCUGUGAAACCUGGAGACGAAGUACAACCCGAAGACCUACUCUUGGAAGUGCAGUUGCGAGAACCAAUAUUGCAGGUGGAAGUAGGAAAAUUUGUUUCUGGUACUGAAGGACUUCAUCUAGCUGUGUUGCAUUGCCGAAAACUCUGUGUGUAUGCUGUUUCAGGAACUCAGGGGAAUGUGGAGCAUGGGAACCAGUAUCAGAUUAAACUGAUGUAUGAGCACAAUCUUCAGAGAACUGCUUGUAAUAUGACUUAUGGUCCAUUUGGUGGUGUAAAAGGUCGAGAUUUGAUCUGCAUACAGUCCAUGGAUGGGAUGCUCAUGUUAUUUGAACAAGAAAGUUACGCUUUUGGCCGGUUUUUACCUGGUUUUCUUCUGCCUGGUCCCUUGGCUUACAGCUCGCGCACAGACUCUUUCAUUACAGUGUCUUCUUGUCAACAGGUUGAGAGUUACAAAUACCAAGUGCUGGCAUUUGCAACAGAUGCUGAUGAGAGACAAGACACAAAACAGCAAAAACUCAGUUCUGGAAAAAGACUUGCGGUGGAUUGGGUCUUAAACAUCGGAGAGCAAGCACUGGAUAUAUGCGUUGUCUCGUUUAAUCAGGGAGUUUCUUCUGUUUUUGUGCUUGGUGAGAGAAACUUCUUUUGCCUUAAGGAUAAUGGGCAAAUACGAUUCAUGAAAAAACUUGAUUACAGUCCGAGUUGCUUCAUUCCUUACUGUUCAGUGCAAGAAGGAACAAUAAACACUUUAAUUGCAAACCACAGUAAAAUGUUGAAUGUUUAUCAAGAUGUUACAUUGAAAUGGGCCACUCAACUUCCCUGCAUUCCUGUCUCAGUAAAAGUAGCGAAUUUUCAAGACUUGAAGGGUGUUAUAGUCACUCUGAGUGAUGAUGGGCAUCUUCAGUGUUCAUACCUUGGAACUGAUCCUUCACUCUUCCGGGCUCCUAAGGUUGAUUCUAGGGAAAUAAACUAUGAAGAAAUGAAUGCUGAAAUGAAAGAGCUUCAGAAAAUCAUCAGGGAGGCCACAAAAACACAAGAUGUUUUGCCUGAAUCUGAAAAACAGAGAGAUGUAACUGUCACUGCAGAAGUUUCACCUGAUUUGGAUGAAGAAUCUCAAGCCAUUGACAGUGAGGUAAAAGCAGGGGCAGUACCAUCAGUCACAGUAAAGAUAACAAUCCAGAGCAGAGUGACUGCGCAGAAGCCAAGCCUGGCAGUGUGUGUGCAAGCUCCCUUAGCAGUGACCUGUGACCAGUUUGUCUUUGGUGAUUUAGAACCAGAUUCAUCUGAAACUGUGGUCCUGUCUGUCUUUUUGAAGGAGAAUUGUUGUCCAUCAGAGCUAGAAGGAACUUGUAUGGUUUCAUAUAAUAUACCAACAGAGCUCAAUCCUGAAGGAAUACCGAGAGUUGCACAGUGUAACUUCAGUCUGCCUUUGAAGUUAAUUUGCUUUCCAGCCCAACCUUCAAAAGCAGCAAACCACAAGCUAACUAUUGACACCAACAAACCUCCUAUCAGUUUUGUCACCAUUUUUCCUGACUUUGUUGAUCCAUCUGAGGGUGACCAGGCAAAUGCUCUGGGAUUUGAGUUUUUAACUGGUUCAAAAACCACUCUUCUUGCUUCAAAAACAUCACAACGAUACAGGAUUCAGAGUGAUCAGUUGGAAGACCUUUGGCUGGUAACAAAAGAGCUCAUACACCGACUAGAAGUACAUUUCAAGAAGCAAACCUGCAAGGAUUUUGCUUGUACCUUUUCUGGUUCAAUUCCCCUGCAAGAAUAUUUUGAACUAAUUGAUCGACAUUUUGAGCUACGUUUGAAUGCUGAGAAGUUUCAGGAGCUGUUAUCUGAAAGGGCUGUACAGUUUCGAGCUAUUGAGCGGCGACUGCUGACACGAUUCAAAGACAAAACUCCAGCUCCUCUUCAACAUCUGGACACCUUGCUAGAAGGAACAUUCAGAGAGGUAAUAGCUCUAGCAGAUGCAGCAGAAGAAAAUCAAGCCAACAUGUUCCAGGCAUUUGCAAAGUUGAAAAGUGCCACCCAUCUGGUGAUUAUGCUGAUUAGUUUGUGGCAGAAGCUCAGCACUGAUCAAGUUGCGAUUUUGGAAGCUACGUUUUUGCCAUUAGCAGAAGAUACACAAGAGCUGGGUUGGGAAGAAACUGUGGAUGCUGCAGUUUCUUACUUGUUAAGAACUUGUUUGUCAAAGAGCUCCAAGGAGCAGGCCCUGACUCUCAGCAGCCAGUUGUCCAUGCCCAAAGAUACCAGCAGACUGAAGAAGAACAUCACCCUCUUCUGUGAUAGAUUGGCCAAAGGCGGUCGCCUUUCAUUAAGUACAGACUCAGUCACUCAGCAAACUGCUGUCAUGCCAGGUGGCUGUGCUACAAUCCCAGAGUCUGAUUUAGAGGAAAGGACCAUUAUACCGGGCUCCACAGCAAUGUUUUCCAGUAACAGGCAGAUCACAAAGCAGAAAUCCAAGCCUGGUUUGUCUGAGGAUGCAGCAGAGGAAACAAAAAGCCAUGAACUCUGAAGAUUACUCUCAGGAGAAAUUUCUAUCUGAUGCCAGAUGCAUUUAUAAUGCAGCAGUACCAAUCCCUUUUACUCUGUAUGGAUUUUAGCUUCCAGAAGGAGAGGACUGUACUAAUUUAUAUGAAAACAAAAAAGUUCCACUCUAAUAAUUUGGUUGGGUCUCCCUGCCGGCUACUAUCAUCCUUUCUGUGAGCAAAGUUUAAGCACUUCCCCAACUGUGGUAGGGGUGUUGUAUUGUGUUUUGUGAUAUAUCAUCCCUUUCUAAGGAUUCAGUUGAUUGAUCAAAGACUGUUUAUACAUAGUUAAAAGCAACCUUUGUUUCAGGAUAUGUUUUGUCCUUUUAAGAAAGAUAUUCUGAGCUGCACCUCCCUUUGAGAUUAUAUUAACAUUUGUUAUAUCACAGUUUUGACAAAAGAUAACUAUCUUGUUUCCUCCUGUACUAACAUUCAUGAUUCCAGACAGCUGAAUUCACCACCAGGAGAAAAACUGGUAAUCCAUCAACUCUUCCCCCCCCCCCCCCCCCCUCCCCCCCCAUUGUUUACACAGACUCCUGCUCUCUAGAGAUAUAGAGUAAAAUAUGGUUACUGGACAUAAAGGGCAAACCCUUUUGCCAUUAACUAUGUCACUAUGAAUGGGAAUAAAGUUUACACUGGAAGUACCUUGAGCACAGCAACACAUGGAUCUUUUUAUGGUUACCUGUGAUUUCUGCUUUUCUUGUCAAUCAGUCUGUUCUAGUUAUGGGUAAGAUUUUCAAAAGUAACUAACAAUUUUUGAGUGCCUUAAUUUUUAUUAAUCCAGUUGGAGGGUGCUUUGGGUGUUGUGUAUUUAGAAAGUGCUGGGUAUUAACCUUCUGCAGGUCAGACUCAUGAAAAGGUGCCUGAAAUGCACCCAACUGAGGCAAACUUUGAGAGUACCUUGGCCUAGAGUUUGGAAGAGUCAGGCUCGUGUCUGGGUUUCUGAGAGUGAGUUAUUACUAAAAUAAACUUGGAACUGAAACUAACUCAGACCGAGUUAUGGUCAAGCAUAUAAACAGGCAUUUGAACAAGGCCUCUCCUGGCUGUUGCUAGUUCAUUCCAAAAUAUAAGUUGCAGUCUCUUGGAUGGCAGAUACAAAACGCACUGAUAGCCCCAGUUUAGUCUGUGGCACGUGCAGUCGCAUGAGCCAUCUCCACAUCCCACAUUCCCAUUGGUUUCCUCAACAAGGGUUCACCAGCUCCUGUUCUAGCUGUAGUAAAGGUCCCUCCAACUCACUUUUGUGCUGUUUCAGAAGAAGUUGUAACAGUUGCUGUGGUCAAUGCUAGCUUGAUCUAUGGAUAAUAUGGAGACAAGAUUUUUCAGAAUGUCUUAAGCCAUCAACCUUCAUCAUCUCUGUAUCUACUUUCAACUUCCUUGCACCCCCUCCUAAAACAAAACCAGCUUUGCACAACUUGUGCAUCUGCUGUUUAACCCUCUGGUCCUACUCUGGCUCAGUACACAAUGUAACUGUUUCACGAAGCCUUUUUCAACAUGUUAGCUAUUAAAUAGAGCUCAGUAGCCAAGGAACUGGGUAAAGCCUCUGAUACCUCUAGGGCUGAAGUGAGCUCUAACUCCCAACAAAAAUUACUCUGUCCCCCAGGAGACCUCAGAUAUAUCUACAGGUUGUGGGGCCAGAAAUCUUGCUUCUUUCCCAGGAAAGAAAAAUCCUACCCCCUGCUUAUUAUGGAGUGAUUCUACUCUCUGAGUUUUCUUCACUCUGAUCCCUCCCCUGUGGUUUUUGUCAGGAGGGUGGUAUCCAACCCAUUGUCAAGGUACCCUGCUGCGCUGUGAAAAUUACACAAUAAAAUAAUCUCCUGUAGUCUCUGCACACACCUCAGUGACCAAAGAAAAUCCAUGGAGAACUAAUCAAUUACUGUAGCUAUUAGGCUUAAACGUUAACUAUAGAUCUCAAAUCUUCUUUUGUCCUCUUGUCAGCGGCUACUAAGGAAUCUAGAAAAAUCAAGCACAGUUACUACAGAAAGCCUGUACCAUAACGGUGGAGAAUGCUGGACCAAAGAAUCCUAAACUAUAAGGGUAUAAUAUAGCUGGAAAGUACGCUGCUAUGAGACUUCUGUGAAAUGUAUUACUCUGUCAUGAUUCCCAUUAUUGAAUGUGAUCCCAGUACUCAGAGCUGCCUGCUUCGUUCGGACUUGAGGGUAAAUGACAAGUAGGCACUCAGGUCAAUUAUAUCAUCCACUCUUAUUUAAGUUAUUUUCUGUCAUUUUAAGAUGUAAUGCUCAGAAGCACUCUUAUUUGCCUUUUCUGCUCCAUGCUUUGCAAACCAAGGUCUCAUGAGAAUAGUUUUACAAAAAUGAGAAAAUAUACUGGUAAUAAAGGGAGGGGGGGGAAGGAAGGAAAAGGUAGAACUGUCUAUAGUAGUAAAGUAUGACCUCUUUGUAUACUGUGCUAAAUUGAAGUAUUUGACAGUAUCAUCAAGAUUUAAAAGUUGCAUUGAAUAAAAAUUACUUAGUUUCCCCCAAUGCCAAAUAGUCCAUCUAAUUCAGAGGAAGGAAGUAAUUGAAAUGUAGUCAUUUAUGCAGCAGCCUAAGAGGAAAUAUUGUAAAGUAAUUCUUAGCAGUUCUCAAAUGUAGUUUGAAAUUUUAAGAAAGUUCUUUUUGACUGGAAAAAAAUGAGGCCAAUUACAGGAAGUUUGGAAGCUAGAGAGGUGUAAGGAAUGUAAGGAAACCAUGCUAGUUUGGGGGGACCAUGUGUUUCGUUCUCAUCAGUGAUCCUUCUGAGGCUGAGAGAGGCACUGGUGGCCAGUCAAACUGUUCUGACCAGGAUUUUAGAGUAAUGCCUAAAUGCCUGUCAGCUCUUCUGGUCAGCUUAAAUAUGCAGCCUAUCUGCACGUUUAGCUAUUUGAGUAGGGUUUUUUAUGGUUAAGUGGCUCACAGAGUAAAAUCAAUUUUAAAUGACAAUUUUAUUGGAAAUAAAUCUAAAAGGAAUUUUGUGACAUUUUGAAAAUAACACUGUGAGUCAUGGCAUCUUUAUUAUCUAGAACUUUGAAAUACAUUUUCUAAAAUAAGUCCUAAAAUAAAGUUAUAUAUUCUUCUGUUAAACAGGUAACUACUUCUAAAGUUUAUUUUCAUGGUUGAAGUUUAUUUUCAGAAUGUUAUUGUCCAAUGGCUUUUCUUUAAUUUUGUUUUUCUGCCAUUGCAUUUUAGAAAAACAGAUUAAAACAAUUACUACUCCGAUGACCAAAAUCUGGAGGUCUGGAUGCUGCUCAUCUUUUGGGCUUUGUACACAAUGCUGAGUUCAAACUAAGACAGUGGUUUCCAGCCCCAGAUUCAUUCUUCUGUCCAACUAUUAUUCAACUGUGACGCAGAAAAACAUUUCUCUACUUUCAGGGGGUUGGGCUUUGCUUUAUAAUGUCUUGCUAUUUUCUCUUCUUCAGCAUUUACUGUCCAGAGAGAAUUAGAGAUAAGUUUCAAUAUUCUUUUAUUGCUUAUAAAGAGUAAUUUACUGCCAUAAACUGAAAUUUGUUGAGCAGAGGUUGUAUUUCUAUGUGAAGUUCUUCCAGCAUUGGAAAAAAAAUAAAAAAAUUACAGGGUAUGCAUCAUAUUGAAUAAGUAUCUUUCCUUCUUACCAGAAUCUUCUAUUUAUAAAUAAUCUAUUAAAAAAAACCCUAGUGCAAAAAUACUGUAAAAUAUAUGACAUACUCCUGAAACCAAGCUUCUGCAUGACUUCUUAAUUUGAAAUUAGCCUUGAGUUUCCCACAGCUUAGUUUGCUGUCACCCCUUUACAUCUCGUUUCUUUCUUCAUUUACUCCUUUAUAGAAUAAGGUUGCUCCAGUGUUUAUGUGGUAUCUUCAUGUGCUGUUGGCAGGUGACUCUAGCUCCUUUGCAGCUCAAAAGUAAAGUUUGCACAGCAUUAUGCUGCUUCAUGAGCCUUGAUCCUCUCGAGGGGACAUGCCCACGGGGCCAGGCUUAUAAUUAACAAAAUUCACCCAAGCUGGAAGUGGUUAUGAAUGCAUUGUUUCAAUGAGAAUUUAUCCUAAUAUUCUAGUAGAUGAAGUUCAACUCAAGUUUGUUACUCAUAUAAACACUGAAAAAAUUUGCUUGUUUUAGAGUCUUGGACUGCCUCUCUAUUUUUUUUUGUCCCCUGUCUUGUAAAUUCUUAUAAUAGUCAGCAGUAUUAGGAAUUAUUAUUUCUGUCCUCCUUUUCAAGACAGCUGGUUCUUGCUGCAUAGAAGCUGCUAACUUGGAGGAAUGUGCUUUUUCCAGGAGACCAGCAGAUCACAGCAGAGAUACUUAGCACUUCUAUUUGCAUUAAAUGUAUGGCAAGUGAUGUAGUUAAUUAUGAAAUGGAAGCACAACCCAGCUAAUUGAAUUGACCUGGUCUUCUCUGACAAGAUGUCCUGACUGCUCCAUCUUUACAUCUCCCAUAUCAAGGAGUAUGAACAAAUGCAACAUGAACAUACAUUUAAAUAAGUAUAAUUGUUAUUUUAAAAUACUGUGGUAUUUUUAAAGAGUUUCAUGUUGUUGAAAUCAGGAAAGGGAGUAAAAUACCGAUUUAUUUUCAUGUGCAGUUAUUGUAGGGUGAUGUUUCUUUUGCAUGUAUUGCUAUGUGCCUGGAUUUACUGUGUCUGUAAGAGGCAUUCAUGCUUGCAGAUUUCCGUAUCCAUUCUUGUGCUUUAAAUGACAGGAUUGAGCAAAAUCCUGCUUAUGUAUCAGGUAAAAAUUCGUGAAAGUAAGCAGCAGCCCUGGAAGAGAUCCCACCCUGAGACUACACCAUGUAAACUGAUGUUAACUCUGAUGGGAGUGUUUCCCAUUUGGUAUAGCAUCAACAUAUUGUAUCAUUCAUUUGUUUGCUAGCACCACUUCAACACUACACUGUCAUCAUAAAAAAUGUUCCUUUGGGAGAUUACUUUUUGCAAAACCAGUUAGUGCUCUAGAAAAAUGUGAUAACAGUGUUUGAUAAGAUAUUUCAAUUCAUCUUUUUAAGCAGAAUAGAGACUUGGAGUGCUUCCUAAGUGGGAAUGAUCAAUGGCAAUCGUAGCUUGCCCUCCACCACAGCUCCAGCAGACUGACAGUACAUUCAGCUGCAGAAACAAGAUAAAAGCUGUUCCAAUGGUGUAAGCUGCUGCCUGGCCUGAAAUCUUGAAGGGAGGCCAGUCAUCCUGAAUCAUUACUGUAACCUGAUUAGAGGCCCAAAUCUACUUUUGAUAAAUUUAAGUGACUAUUUUGCCAUUGAUUUUGACCGGAGAGCAUCCAUAGUCUUCUACUGGGGGCUACAUGUCAAAAUAAGGUGACAUGUAAGCACCACUGAACUCCUAGUUAGAUGAUACAAUAAAUUAUGAGAGUCUCUCCAAAAGGUACUAUUCCCAAAAUACAAUAUGUGUGAGGCUCAGCUAGUGGGUAUUCAUUAAAUAGCUGCCACACUGCACCCUAGAAGUGAUUGCUUCUCUGCAGAGAGUGAUGCUGCAUGUGAAAUAGGCCCUGGCAAAAUAAAACUCCAGAGCAUUUUAUUCCUGUUACUUCAGCCACUUAUAGAUGAAGUCACUCUUUGGAUGAUGAUAGCAGCUUUUCAACAAUCAUAGCAACACUAAUAAAUAGUGUAGGAAAUCAAGCAAUGAGCACCAUGCUCUCCCUCUGCUCCUCAACCAAGAGAAUGUGGAAAGGAAGUAUUUCAGCACACGUUGUAUUAAGAAGAAUGAACUUAAUCUGAGGUUUGAUCAGCACAAAGCUUGGCCCUCUGUCUUUUAAAAAGUUGCGAUGGUGUCUCUAAAUUGAUGCUGUUAUUACGAUUACUAUUUCCUGAAUUUCACAUACUGUUUAAAAAUUGGAAGCUCCAAUGUCCUCUAAUUAUACUGAGACAUUUUAUCAUUGUUAGUGAAUGUAGCACAGGUGCUAUUCUUAGGCAAGCUUAGGAACCAGCAAAGGUUUUGAUCCAAGGAUGACUUAGACCAGUCCUCCUUACUUUGUGAAAUCUGACGAGACUGUAUUGCAAAGUUUACAGUCUCUUUGAGAAAGAAAAGAGUUUUUAUUCUAUUGAUUUUAAUACUUCAUUCAUUUUAAAGGAUAGAUCAGUCCCACAACAUCUUGGAAGUGUUAGAGAAUAUAUGAAAAAUUGGUCUAUAACAGAUGAUAUUCCAAUUCAUUGUGAAGCAAGCAGUCAGUAAUUAAUAGUUACUUCAAAUGCUCACAAUAUUUUAUAAUCAUGGUUGGAUUCAAUUACAAGAGACAUAAAAGGGGAUUAUUGUACUUUUUCUUUUUUCCCUGAUGGCAUAAUGAAGUCAAGAUCCAUAAAUAUUGGAGAACAGUCAAGUUACUGCACAUAUAACAGGAAUUGCUCUUUUCA